CGUCAGGCGGCGUGACGUUACUCGCAGGGCGUAAUGGCGGGCGCGGUGCGGACGUUGUGGGCCCGAACCUACGUGCGCUCCGUUAUGGUGAAGUUCCCGGCGCCCGGCACAGGCACCAGUAAUGCUGUGCUACAGACAGUCCGUGCGGCUAGUAUGGACACGGUUACUGAAGAUGGAUAUUGCAGCAUCUACCACACACACAUUCCCACCAACUCUCUGCAGAAAGCCCUGCUAGCGGCCGGCUCAGCAUUCAUGUCUCUGUACGACCCAUACCGUCAUGAUAUGGUGGCCGUCUUGGCAGAAACGACGGGCCAGUUGGCAGUGCGUACACUCAGGGACAGGAUGAGGAACGAUGUGGAGGGACACCGCAUCCUGCAGGAGAGACCACGCAUCAACUCAUCUACUCUGGAUCUCACCGGCCUGAGGGAGCUGCCUGAGGGAACGUUUGGCAGAGAAUACAUCCGCUUCCUUGAUGUCAACCGAGUUACUCCUGACAGCCGUAUGCCGGUGAGGUUUGUGGAUGAGGAGGAGCUGGCGUAUGUGAUCCAGCGGUACCGUGAGGUACACGACUUCAUGCACACGCUGCUGGGAAUGCCCACCAACAUUCUUGGUGAGGUUGCUGUCAAGUGGUUUGAGGCGGUCCAGACUGGCCUGCCCAUGUGUGUUCUGGGAGCGGUGUUCGGUCCACUCCGUGUGUCCACCAGGAAUAUCCAUGUUUUAACAAGAGACCUGAUCCCAUGGGCUGUGCAGUGUGGUCGAGCUGCUCACUGUGUGCUAAACAUCUACUACGAGAACCGAUGGGACCAGAACUUAGAGUCACUGCGGGAGGAGAUUGGAAUCAUCCCCUGCCCCCCUCUUCAAUGCCUGACUAAGGCAUAACAUGGGGGCUUUGGUGUAGAGUUCUUUCUUUGAACUAUUUCAAUGGAAAUCUUCUUUAGUGACCAUGAGUGGAACUGAAGUCCAGGACUAUGUCCAGUCAGGGCUCUGCCUCUGUGGGGACUGGGCAUCUCUCUGGGACGGCCAUCCCCGAGAGGGCAGUGUGCCUCCAACUGUCCUCCCGCAGGGCUGCUGCCACUCGAGGCUGACUGCGCCGGACUGCACUGGAGAUUUGCUGCAGUUUCCAGUCUGUUCUGAUCAAUGCAUCGUCCAGGGUGAAAACUCCAUCUCGUGUACGUCGCACACUGGUACACACCGCUGAUGAUUUCAGCUCCAAGCCAAUCUCAUGGAUGAUCUUGCGCAGGUACUGCUGGGUCUCGUGGACACACUGGACCUCUGUGGGAAACGGAAAACAAAGUGAGGGACUGCUGGGCAUAAGGAGCCAGGAUCAUCAAUGAGAAACCCCCUGGACCAGUCACACCACACAGCAACACUGUGACAACCCGUAUCUGACCGCUGGGAUAUCCAGGGUUUAGCGGACUCACUGGCUGACAGUCACAUGGGCUGACGGGGGCAUUCACUACUACUGUGUAAUAACUAAUAAAAAAGUAAAGUAAAGGUGGUUGAGAGGA